GGAAACAAAUUUCCUUUCGAUUUAUAUCUCGGCGGCCUGCAAUUUCAAAAAAAACAAAAAGAAAGAAAAGAAAAGAAAACUGAGCCGCCGCUGCCACUGCCACCGUCACCGCCAGCAGCAGCAGUGGAGAGUCUGAGAGAGAGUGUGGGAGAGAUCGAGAGGAAUUAAAAUGGCAGUCGACACGAAUUUCUCUUCAUUUUUCGACAAAUUAAAACUACUAGAAGAAGAUCCACUGAUACUCCCUCCCAAAACCUGGGAAUCAAUCCCUUCCCAAAAUGCCCCAACUUCUUCUUCCUAUUUGCCCCCCCAACCACCGCCACCACUCCUCCACCACUCUCCCUCUCCUUCCCUCUCCGAGGAAAGUUUGGUGAGGCUAGCAUUGAACGCACUGCAGGGUUCAGAAUCGGCUCUUAUCAGUAUCGAAAAGCUCUCUGCUGUGUUCAUAUCCGACCCGGCCGAUCGGACUUACCAUACAAUUCCCAAUCUAUGGAACCGGUCUACCAGCACACACGCAUUGGGGAAGUUUCUGACCUCCAUUGCUCGUUCCGGUUUCGUAAUUUUUCUUCUCCGUAAAUUUGUAGAUUAUUUUAACAAUUUUAAUUUCGAAGCAUAUUUGGACGCGGCCUUUUCUUAUAGUUUAGUUAAUCAAGCGUUUAGUGUUGCGGUAGGGAAGGUUUUAGAAGGGUAUAUGAGUGCGCUUGGUACAUUAUAUGCUUCGAUAGAUUUGAGGCGCUCCUCGAAGACUCAUGGUGUUGAUCUUAAGAAUUGUAGAGUGUCGUGCUUUACGAGUGUGGUGCAUUCUGAAGUUACAUUGUUGGAGGUGUUUUUGCAUACUAAGGAAUUGAGGACUCAGGUUGAAGUGCUUGGGAAUGUGUGUAAUGUUCAAAGUGUAGCUCUUUGUUUCUUGGAGUCUUCGGUUGAAGAGUUGACUGCGAAAGCAAGCUUGGAGUUUUGUAAUUUCUAUAGAGGAGGGGAUCUUCUUACUUAUUUGUAUAGGCAACUACAGGUCAGGUUAAUUAAAGUUUCAGAGAGAGCUUCCUUGUUCCAUGAAUUGUAAUGUUGUACCUUCAGAAUUCUUUCAAUUCGUGAACUUAGAGAAAUGCUGACAGCACUAGCUGCCCCUUCGGUCUUGAUUUGAAACAGCGUUAAUGGUGUUGCCCUUAGUCUAAACAUGCUCCUUAUGUAUAUAUAUAGUAGAGUGGCAUAUUGAACUUGCAUGGAUGGUCAAAGUUUCUGACCUGUGAGGCCUUUUGAUGGACUAAACUACAAGGCCAUUUGGCUAAAGCAGACAACACCUCACAAAGAUUGGGUUAAGACCAUCACAUUCAGUGAUCAUGAGAUGAGAUCCACGUAGAGAUCUUGAGUUAUCUCCUCGACGAGGAUUUAAGGGAUUGAACGAGGUGAGCCUGUCAUGAUCCCAUAUCAGAUGUGUACUAGACUGAUCUUAAGCUUAUAUGGUGUCAAAGUUACAAACCUAUCAUGUCCCUUUUGUGGGACAAAACCAUUAGGCCAAUACCUCGCAUGGACCGGGCUAAGAUACCGUCGAUAUACUCCUGGCUGUUUGAAAUACCCUCAACAUUUGUUGAAAUAUAUGCUCCAUUGAUAUUUUUUUGAAGUUUGGUUAACGCAUAUGUAUAUAUAUAUGAAUGAAAUGAACUUUGCUACAACUGUUGAAUUAUUUAAAAUGCAAACAUGGUUGCAGUUGUUGUAGAUGCAUAUACAGAUGUGUAUCAAAUGACUUAAUUCUCAGAUUUCUUGAUGGACCAGCUGAUGGCUUUCCUGGCAUACAUCCCAAGUACCACAACAGAUAAAAUAAACAGAACCAGGUUGCUGUGCCUUUUCCUGUGGUGGCUUCCCAUCCAGCGUUGAUGAUUCCACCGGCGGUUGCUCGUUUUCCUGUAGCUCAGCAUCAUCUGGAACAAUUAGUUUAGGAUGCUUGACAUAAAGGAUUCCCUUUUCAUACCUUGCUGAGAUCUCCUUAUGGUUAUAAUUUGAUGAAAGAGGAAUCUCCUUGAGGAAACAGCUCCAUCUAUUGUCACUGAGUUGGCGUUCUCCACUUAUCCUGAGAACACGCGAUGAGCUUACUUGAACUUUUAUCUGUUCUUUCUUGAAGUCUGUAGGAAAACCAAAACAUGACAAGUAAAAUGUUAGAUUAGCCUUUCUCUGGAAUUCUGUGUUAAGAAUUGCACACGGAUGGGAGAAAAAAAAUCCCACAAGGAAAUUCAUAAAUUCAUUGAAAGGCUUAUGUAUGGGAUGAGAUAUCAAAAAUAUUUUUUUAUUAUUUUCUAUUUUUUUUUAAAAUUUAAAACUUUCAUAGGCUGGCUGUAACAUUAUGUUUAAUUUUAUUUAUUUGAUUAGAUAAAACAAGAUGAUGAGAUUUAA